AUGGCACUUAUAGCACAUUUUAAUCUACACUUGCAUCAGAUGGAUGUUAAAACUGCAUUCCUUAAUGAAGAUCUUGAAGAAGUGAUUUACAGGAUGGAACCAGAAGGCUUCAUUCAAGAAAAGAAGCAUAAUUUAGUUUGCAAGUUGUGCGAAUCAAUUUAUGGACUAAAGCAAGCCUCAAGAAAAUGGCAUUUGAAAUUCAACAAGGUUGUGAAGGCAUAUGGAUUCACAAAAAAUGCAUUGGAUGAGUGCAUUUAUAUGAAGAUGAGUAGGAGACAUUUCAUUAUCUUGGUUCUCUAUGUGGAUGCCAUUUUAUUGGCUUGUACAAAUCUCACUAUGUUACAUGAUUGUAAAAGUUUUAUGUUCAAACAUUUUGACAUGACUGAUCUGGUAGAAGCAACCUAUGUAUUGGGCAUAGACAUAAGUAGAAAUCGAGAGAAUGGUUUACUUGGACUAUCACAGAGAUCUUAUAUAGAGAAGGUGCUUAAAAGAUUCAACAUGCAGGAUUGUGCAGGAAAUGAUGUUCCCAUUGCAAAAGGAGAUAAGUUAAGCAUUGAGCAGGCACCUAAAACUGAACCAGAGAAGCUUGAAAUGGCUGACAAACCCUAUGCUUCACUAGUGAGGAGUUUAAUGUAUGCACAAGUGUGUACAAGACUUGAUUUGGAUUUUGCAGUUAGCAUGUUAGGAGAUUUCAAUCAAACCAUGGACAAGCACAUUGGGUUGCAAUGA